GUAGGCGCAGAGUCGUCCAUAGUAACGGGUUCCUGGAGCCGCGAUCGUACAGGAUAUGCUACCAUCAUUCAUUCAUGCCUUCGAGGACAAGGCGACACGAAGAUUGACGAUUCCACUUUACUAUGUUCUAUCAAAUUUAAUCACAUUCAUCCACUUGUCUCGGCUUUGCUGUCGAAUCUUGAAGGCGAUUCCGUUGCAAUCUUUACAAUUUUGCAAGCUGUCUAUGAUCUUUUUAUGGUUAUACUUCAGAAUGAUGCGAUGACAAAAGACCUGCUAUCGCCACAAUAUGUGCCAUUGUUUGGAAAAUUGGUUUCUGUUUGCUUAGAAGUUAUAUCCGACGCUGUGAAAGAUUUUAGAUGCAGGCCAGUGAAGAUGCAAUGA